AUGACCAUCGAGAUCUACUACUGGCCCUUCCUCGUCCGCGGCGCCUCCUUGGUCCGCAUGCUCGAGCACACCAAAACGCCGUACAAGUACAUUUCCGACAAGGCCCAGAUGGCAACGGUGUGCUCUGCCUUUGGUGCGACGAGCGGCGACACUUUCGCGCCACCCGUUGUCAAGGACGGAGACUACCUCGUCAGCCAGUCCGUCGCUUCCUGCCGCUGCCUCUAG